AUGGCUUUCGACGUCGACAAGGCCCAGCUGCUUCGGAGCGUCUCGCGGGUGAUUGUACCGGUUCAGAACUUUGCAGCGGCCUGGGGGAAACCCAUCGCCGUUUGGAGUGCUGGAGCCGGAGUUUUGGCUCUGUAUUUUGUUGACUGGAAGGUGAUUUUUGCCCGCAUACCUGGAUACAAACGAAAAUUCGACGAAGAUACUGUCCGAUGA